UGCACCAGGAAAGUACAGAGAUAAAUGACCACACCCUCUGAAGCAAGCAGGUUCUUUGACAAGUCAGCGGUUAUAUAAGCACUUGAAUACUUUGCCACUGGUCCGUCAACUAAAUCAGAGGCAGCUGUGUACAGAGUCAUGGCCGAAACAGUGAACGUAGUUUCCCGACAGCAGUGGGGGGCAGUGGCCCCUCACUACAGGGACACCAUGAAAGACCCUGCCAAGAGAGUUGUCAUACACCACACGGCUAUAACAAGCCAGAAGGGCUCUAAAGAGUGUAUGGCACAGCUCGUCAGCAUACAGAGGACACACAUCACAGAAAGGAAGUUCGAUGACAUUGGAUACAAUUUUCUUGUUGCACAGGAUGGGACAGUGUAUGAGGGCCGUGGCUGGGGUGUGGUAGGAGCACAUGCCAAAUCCAACAAUCAUGACUCUGUAGGCAUCGCUCUGAUGGGCAAUUACAACAAUGAGACACCAAGCUCAGAGGCAUUAUCAUCGGUCAAAAAGCUCCUGCAGUCUGGGGUUUCCCAGAAGCACUUGAAGCCAGAGUUUGUCCUGCUAGGGCACAAAGACCUGGGAAAGACAGAAUGUCCUGGAGAGAAACUGUAUGCAUGUCUGAAGAAUCUCACAUGAGGUGUCACAAAGGAUUAUUUUAGCACCAGCUCCACUUCCACACAAACCUUCACCUAUUCUGUGUAGCCGAUGACAAAGAGCCUCUGUUUAUGAAAACCACAUUGUGGUGUGAAUAAAAUUUCAUGAUGAAAGAGAA